AAUGAGACUCGGGUCGCGGAACGCGGCAGCGGAUGUGCUUCGGGCCGCCAGAUCUCACCUUCCUGUUUGAUCUCCCGGCGAUGGUAACUUUGAUUCUCCUUCAGAUCCAUUUAUCGAAACCAUCCCAUUUGAUCUUUUACUAUGAUCGAUCCUGAGCCUUUUUUUUUUUCCCUUCGUUCUGAUUGCAUUGACCCAACUUAGGGUUUCCUUGGCCUGAUCUUUUCUUUGCGGGGUUCUGAGAAUGUGAAUUCUUGUAGGUUUCUUGACCUCUUCUGUUGUUGGUAAAGUUAGGAAUUUGCUGUGGAAUCCUUCUUGGUUGAAACGGUUUGUAGGGGUUCAAUUCGAAAUUGGAGUUGACAUUGGUGUGAUCCAUGGAAUGUCCGGACCACUAUUCUGUGGAUUGGCGUGUAUGACCCUCGCAGUUAAGCUUCGUAAGGGAUCAUUUUUCAGCUUUCUUGAUGUCUUACGUAUUAAGUCAGACAUGGUAACGGUGCAUCUUUAAGAGAGGAUAUCAAUGUCAUGUUUGGCUUAGUGUUUUUGCAGGUUAUAUUAAGAAAUCUUCAAGUUUGAGUGAUAUUUUCUUGAGUUAUAGGUUACAUUUGGCUGGAUGAAUGUUCUUUCCAUCCUUCAGAGUUGUGCAAGCAAGGAAUCGAGACACCUCAAUAAGCUAAGAAGAAGGCUAAAACACAAAAUCUCAUAGAGGCAUUUUGUUGGGUUCAUUCCUGGUGUCACUACUAUUUGCCACCUCUAAUUAGGCCAAGUCGGGAAAAUGGCCAUUAUAUUGAGAAAUGUAUAUAGUGUUAUCUGUGAGAAACAAGAGACUAUGGUGGGAACCUCCCAUCUAACUAAAAGCCUUAUCGUUGGAGAGGAAAAAGAACAGAAUUGGUCACCUGCUCCACGAAGAAUGGGACACUCAUAAAAAAGACCAACACCAAGGGCUUGUCACCUGCUCCACCAAGAAAAGGGACUCAUGUUUUAGAUGAUGAACCCGAGAAAGAACCUCCUCGAAAGUGUCAUUCAUAGCAUCGGGAUUCAAGAUUCUUCUUCUAUGCUUCGAGGGAUGCCCUCUGCUUGCAAAAUUGAAUGUUCCACCUAAUGCCAGAUCAAGAGAUGUAAGCUUCCGUGUUGGUUCAUUCUAUUAGCUGAAGAAGGAGAAUAAAUCUGAUUCAGUCACGUCUCUCGUAUCCAAAUAAAUACGGGGUGGAGAUCAAUGAACAGAAGUGGGAGAUGAUAUGCUUGUAUUGUGUCCAUCCGUUUAAUUUUCUUGCGUGAGAUGAGAUGUUCAUUAGAAUUUGUAGUUCCAUACCAUAAGUCUGAUGGCGAGUGCGGUUUAAAUAAUAGUUUUCUGGUCGAUGUCUACCGAUCAAGAACCCAAAAUGCUGCUCUUUCACGAAUCCCAGGCGACACCUCAAGUUUUUACCCAGGUAGAUUUGGUGACUCUAUGCCAGCGGUGAGCCGGGCCCCACUUCAAGGGAUGAGUAUAGAGCGGGCAUUUCUUUAUGAGGUUGGAAUGUCUCCGUCCUCACAUCAACUUGACCUUUUCGACCCGCCGUUCCUAUCCUGCCGUGUGUUCGCUCCUGUGAAAGUCUUCGCUCCUCUUCUACCUUCCCAAACUCUCUCCCCCUUGAGGUUGCUGAUCUCAGGAGCAGGAUUAAAUCCUUCCAAUUCUCUCAUCGGCUUCGCUUCCUCUCACCGUCGGGUUGUCCGUUGGAUCUGGUGGUUGCUUAAUUCUUCGAUGAACUGGAAUUAGCGACUGCAGAUGAUCGAACUUCAAACUGUCGUGUAAUUUUGCGUCAUGAAUGGAAUUCCGUCGUAUUUGACUGUGGUUCUUCACCGAGAAUUCACAGCGUGUCUACGGAUUACAUAGGGCAAUGCCAUCGGACAGGGAUGAGUCUGCGGUGGAAAUGGUCCCUGCAGUCCGAUUGCAUCAAGAUCCGGAUGCUCCUGAACACGUCGAUGAUGCUCUCAGCUUGAUUCGAUCGUUUCAGGUGUUAGGCCCAACGAGGCAUAGGAGGCAUGUUCUUGGUCUUCUGCGAGCUCCCUCCUUGGGGGGAUGGAUCGAGAAGCUCCAACUCUUUUCCCCUUCGAGGAUCUUCCGGCACACGGUGGAUGUAAGGGAGGAAGUCUCGCUUUCCGUUUCUUCUCCGGUCGAUUCACAGCGGCGCUUCGGCAUCAGCUUCCUCGGCAGCAUCAACUGGUCCUCCGUCUCAGCCAGCUUCAAGGAAUGGAUAGAACACCCGAGGAAUGCUGCUCUUCUCAUCUGGUUGAUCUGUGUGUCCGUCUCCACCGCCAUGCAGGGGUUGCUCCUCCUUGGACUACUGGAUGAAGCAUUCCCCACGAAGGCCUCGAGAAACCACUGGAUCGAGAUCAACAACCAAGUCCUGAAUGCUCUCUUCACCCUCAUGAGCUUGUAUCAGCAUCCGAGCCUGUUCCAUCACCUGGUCCUCCUCUGCAGAUGGAGACCGGAAGACAUCACGGCCCUUAGGAAGAUCUACUGCAAGGACGGCGCCUACCGGCCUCACGAGUGGGUUCAUAUGCUGGUCGUCCUCCUCCUCCUCCAAAUCACUUGCUUCGCCCAGUACAUCUCCUGCGGCCUCUACUGGGGAUACGCCAGCGAAGCCAGACCGGAGUUCGCGGAGAUCUUCUUCUUCGGCCUUGGAUUUGCAGCACCGGUGUUGGCUGGUGCUUACGCUGUGUACAGCCCACUGGGAAGGGAAUGUGACGCCGAGCUGGAUGAAGAAUCGCAGGGUGGUCCGAACCAUGAGCAAUCCAGUGUGAAGCCUAGCAUCAGGUUACACAAGCUGAGGGCUCUGGUGAGCGACCCCAAGUGGGCAGGGGGGUUAUUCGAUUGCAGUGAUGAUAUCACCGUGAGCUUCCUUUCCUGCUUCUGCACCUUCUGUGUCUUCGGAUGGAACAUGGAAAGGCUGGGCUUCGGAAACAUGUACGUCCAUAUCACCACCUUCCUUCUUCUGUGCUUUGCUCCUUUCUGGAUCUUCAACAUCUCGGCCCUCAACAUCCACGACAACGUCAUAGGAGACAUGGUGGGGAUCGCAGGCAUCGUGCUCUGUGUGUUUGGUCUGCUCUAUGGUGGUUUCUGGAGGAUCCAAAUGAGGAAAAGAUUCAGACUUCCCGGCAAUGAGCUUUGUUGCGGAUCGAAAUCGCUCACCGACUACCUCCAAUGGCUGUUCUGCUGGUCGUGCUCUCUGGCUCAGGAGGUGCGCACCGGGAACUCAUACGAAGUAGAGGACGACAGCCUUUACAGAAAGCAUUCGGAGGACGAGGAGGAGGACAUCCAUCCCUUUCUGCAUCCUCUGCCUCGCGAGAGUGGUCUGAAUUCACUCGGCAAGUUGCAGUAUGAUUCCUCGCGUCUGAUCUCUUAUCCAGCUAAAUCGCCGGCGUCUACGGCUGCAGCGGCUGAGUCUAAGAGUCAGGAAGAUGAGCCUCACGACAUCAAGGAAGCGUAUUUGGUGUUAGAUUUCGGUGGCAAUAUGAAACCUCCCUUACAACAACUGAUACUCUCAAAAGAUCCAAUGAAUGUUUAGUUGCAGAUGCCCGCAUCGAUCGGCCAAAUGCAGAUCACAUGUUCAAGUUCGACACGAAUUGUUUGAGGAGGUCGCAAUCCAGGAAGAACCACAUAGCCUGCUGCCUUGUAUUCUUCAUCUCCAUCAAUUUUCUGAGUGAUUUUUUCUUCCAAAGAUCAAGGAAAAUUACUUGAAUUCUGACCUCCACGAAUCACUAAAUCCACAAAAUGUUCUUUA